CAACCUUUUGUUUACUCAAGGCAGCUCGACGUGGGAAGUUUCCUUCGCUGUAAAUCGAGUUUAAUUGCUACUACCGCUUUCGUUUUUUCCCUUUUUUGUUUUCUUUAACGCAUCACUAUGUCGGACGAUGCUGCUCCAUCUGGCGGAGCAGGUGGUGGUAAUGCACCGGCACACGCACACGCAGACGCAAUCCAUCACUAUGAUGUCCCACAAGUACCAGUCAAUGCAUCCAGGAGAUCGACAUGGACGAAAGACAUGACGGAUGUGCAUGUCAGUGGCACACAAACACCUAUGAGUGGCAUGAACAGAAUGAGUCGUCUUGAGCCGGGUCUCGACCACUACUUCGUCGGCCCUCGAAACAUGGACGGCCAUUCCAAACUUCCUUACUUCAUGCGAAUGCACGGCAGUGUGACGCCUCGAAUGCUUCUCCCUUUAGCAAUCAUCGGAGCAUGGGCAACAUGUAUAACCUGCAUAUCUCAAUUCGUGUAUCCACUCGCCGUCAACACCCUCCUCCUUACAGUUCUCGGUUUCGUGGUCGGUCUCGCCCUCUCCUUCCGCAGCACAACCGCAUACGAGCGAUACUCCGAUGGCCGCAAAGCAUGGGCAACCCUUUCCGUACAAGCUCGCAACCUCGCCCGUAACAUUUGGGUUCACGUCGACGAACGACCUGAGUUUGAAAAGGAAGACCUCCUCUCCAAAGUGACAGCCAUCAACAUGAUCCUCGCCUUCGCUGUCUCCCUCAAGCACAAGCUCCGCUUCGAGCCAUACGCCCACUACCCCGACAUCCACUCUCUGAUUUCCCACCUGGACACCUUCGCCCUCGCCGCACACAAAGCCGAAAACACCGUCGAAAAGAAACACUCCCCCUGGAAAGCCAUCGGAAUCUACCUCGGCAUCCCCUUCGCGGAAUCCAACCCCCGCAAAGUCCUCAAGCGGGCCGACCGACCAUUGGGAAACCUCCCCCUCGAAAUCCUCACUUACAUCGCCGCCUACAUCGAAGAGGUUUCCGUAAACGGCACGCUCAAGAACCCCGUUAUCACAGGCCAAAUCAUGACCGCCGUCGCCGCACUCACAGACACGCAAUCCUCCGCUGAGCGCGUCCUGACAACUCCCCUUCCAGUCGGAUACAACAUCCUGAUCUCCCAAAUCGUCCUCCUCUACGUCUACCUCCUCCCCUUCCAACUCUACGACGCCCUAAAAUGGAUCACCAUCCCCGGCACCAUCGCCGCCGCCUACAUCAUCCUCGGUCUUGCCGCCAUCGGCAACGAGCUCGAGAACCCCUUCGGAAACGACGUCAACGAUCUCCCUCUCGAUGACUACUGCAGGGAAUUAGCAGCCGAGUUAAACACCCUGACAAGCGUGCCUGCGCCGAGGUUCAGCGAUGUGGUGAGAGGGUGUGGUGGGACCACGGAGAAUAAGGUGCUUUGGCCGUUGAGCGAGGGCGGGUUUGAUCAGUGGCAUGGGAGGAGUAUGAGGGAUAUUAGGAGUGCGUUGAAGAGUAAGGUUAUUGCGGGGGAUAAGCUGGCGGCUUCGGAUGGGGGGAGUUUGGUGACGGUUUGAAGCGGAUAGAAAUUCGAAUUCUGAGCUUGGGGAGAUCAGUGUCAGUCUUGAGAUCCUGGAGCCCGAGGCGGCUGAUCGGAUCGGACUCGACUGGUCUUCGCUAUUCUUGGAUUCUUGUUCUAUUUGUCUCGUCUCAUUUCGUGUUGAAUUUGUGAAUACCGGGCUUGCUGUGCUUGUGUACAAGCGAUGGAGCAUGGGAAAAUUGCGGAUUGUGCAUAUUUAUUUCUUUAACGUUGGCAUUCCUAAGCUGACAAUUGCAUUUGGUGGCGUUUUUAAUUUAAUAUGAUAUGAUAUCAUCGCAUCGAAUCAUUUGUUUACAUUCUCUAUUUGCUACGCACAAGACCUUUAGUGAUUGUUGUACUGCUGUGAUUAUGCUUUGAACUUUCGAACUUAAAGUUCGCUUGUUCGUUUUGCUAUGUUCGCCUGGCGAUAUUGGUUGUCUUCCAGUGCUGAAGGGAUUGAAGCAUCUGCCGGUACAUCAAUUCAGGCGGGAUACUAAUCACG